UCAGCGUUCACCUCGCUGCGCCGCUCUCCAGGACGAUCCAGACGGAGGUCGCUUGGUGUGAAGUCAUGAACUUCAACAACUUCUGUUAAGGUGUGUGUGUGUGCCUGCAGUGCACCUUCAGCCAUGCCUGUGUCAUCUCAGCUGCUCAGGGGUUUGCCCCGUGCUCAGGUCUUAGCCUCCAGUCUGUUACCAUGCCAACAACACCAGGCCCAGUUGGGACCCAUCACUCACCGACCUGCUUCAAGAUGGCCCUCUCGUACGUGGCAGAGCCACCAGCACUCACGGAGUUACCAGACAACCACAGUGCUCCGCAGCUACAUCCUCUCACCCCCGCAGGUCAACUCUAUUCUGAAAGCCAACGAGUACAGCUUCAAGGUGCCAGAGUUCGAUGGGAAGAAUGUGUCGGCGGUGAUGGGUUUCGAGAGUAAUCAGCUUCCGGCCAACGCUCCUAUAGAAGACCGGCGAAGUGCGGCCACGUGCCUGCAGACGCGAGGAAUGCUGCUGGGUGUGUUUGAUGGCCAUGCUGGCUGUGCCUGUGCACAGGCGCUGAGUGAGAGGCUGUUUAACUACAUCGCGGUGUCUCUGCUGCCCCACAACACACUGUGUGAGCUGGAGGCAGCGGUGGAGAACGGCAGGGCCCUCAGUCCCAUCCUGCAGUGGCACAAACACCCCAAUGAUUACUUCAGCAGGGAGGCUCAGACUCUCUACUUCAACAGCCUCAGGACCUACUGGCAGGAGUUGAUAGAUCUCACCAGCCCGGGUGAAACUCCAGACACCCAUGAGGCAUUGCUGAAUGCCUUCAAGAGGCUGGACAAUGACAUUUCUCUGGAGGCUCAGGUUGGAGACCCGAAUGCUUUCCUGCAUUACUGGGUCCUGAGAGUGGCCUUUUCUGGAGCUACAGCCUGCGUGGCUCACAUCGAUGGAUCAGACCUGUUUAUAGCCAAUUCAGGAGAUGCUCGGGCGGUGUUGGGCGUGCAGGAGGAGGAUGGUUCAUUCAGCGCUCACACACUCUCUAAUGACCACAGCGCCCAGAAUGAGGAGGAGGUGGCUCGGAUACGAGGUGAACACCCUCCAUCAGAGAGGAAGACUAUUAUACGACAGGACCGUUUGCUCGGCCUCCUCAUGCCGCUACGUGCAUUUGGGGAUGUGAAGUUCAAGUGGAGUAUCGAACUGCAGAAGGGUGUGAUAGAGUCUGGACCCGACCAGCUCCAUGAAAACGAGCACACCAAGUUUAUCCCUCCAAACUACCACACGCCCCCCUACCUGACCGCCGAGCCGGAGAUCACGUACCACAAACUACGGCCACAGGAUCGCUUUAUGGUGAUUGCCUCUGAUGGCCUCUGGGAGACCCUCCACAGACAGGAAGUGGUUCGUAUUGUCGGGGAGUAUUUAACAGGGGUGCACCAGCGUCAGCCCAUCAAAGUCGGAGGCUUCAAGGUCACCUUGGGACAGAUGAAGGGGCUGCUUGACGAGAGGAAGGCUCGCGUGUCUUCGGCUUUCGAGGAUCAGAACUCGGCGACCCACCUGAUUCGUCACGCCGUGGGAAACAAUGAAUUUGGCACGGUCGACCACGAGAGGUUGUCGAAAAUGCUGUCGCUGCCCGAGGAGCUGGCUCGCAUGUACCGCGAUGACAUCACCAUUAUCAUCUCUCAGUUCAACCCUCAUGUGAUUGGAGCACAGAGGCCAGAAGGGCAGUCCUGAGUUCUACAAAAGCCUUUCACUGACGAGUACACACACACACACACACACACUUGUGUAACUGUGUACAUCGACACAAAGGCCAUACUAAGAAGAUAUCUGUCGAGCAGAAAGGAAGAGUUGGUUUAACUUUAAUUAUAUAAAGAAUAUGUAUGUUUGUAUGCUGUUACAAACCGAUGUUUGUGCCAAAACAAGUCAACUUCCUGAAAGUUUGCUGAAAAGACGGAGCAGGGUUGAAAUGAGCCGUGGAGGGUGGGUCUUUACGAGUAAAGCGGUCGUGGUGGACGCAGCACCGACUUGACCUGCUUCUCCUCCGGGGACUCUUAACACUGUUUCUCUGCUCUUCCAAUCUUACUUUCUAGGCUGCAUCUGUUACGACUGGGGACUGUUGCAUCUGUAUGUUUUUACUCCUCUGUUUAUGUCCUUGUAAGGUAUAUAUUCUUUGUUCCAUCCAAACAUACACAUUUACUGCAUUUACACUUCAGUCCGUGAGUAUUUAGAUGAUGGUGUUUACUCCCAGUACUGACUUUGAGCUCAAUCAAUCCAACUUCAGACUCAAGUACAGAUAGUAAAAAUACAUUACAUAGAAUAAAAUGCAUACAAAAUCACAAGUAAAAUACCUAAAACUAUGAAUGUUUUAGAAAUAGAUGCAUGUUUACAUCCAUAUUUAGUUAACAGUUUCAGACUCUAAACUAGUAAAUUAAAUAACUCAAUUAAAGUUGAGAGAUAUCACUGAUGGUGUAGUGGUUACCAUAUUGUGGCCCCAAGAUACAUUUCAGGAGUUGUAAAAUUAUGAUAGGGGAGAGAGUGAAACAUGAUCUAUUUAAAUACAAACUGGAUACCUCUAAAAAGUGAAACUAUUAAAAUAAUUAAAUGGCCUUUUUUUUCAUUUUAAAUGUGUCACAAGCCUAAAAGGGCUGACAAACACUGAGCUAGUGACUGUUUCAAAUUUCUAAUCUAAUGGUGGAGCACAAAAGUGGAGCGAUAUUUACAGACUGCAGAGUCUAGCAGGUCAUCACUGUGCACCACGACAGGUAGAUGGCAGAAGUAACAAUUAAGUGAAUUACUCCUCACAGCACCACGUUGCUGAGUGACGGGGGAAGAUGUAGAGUCAGUAUAUUCAUAUUGUGUUAUUGUUUUUGUCUGAUAGGUCAUUUUCAGUUUGGGUUAGGUUGGUAUUACUCAUGACAGCCCAAAAAAAGAAGAAGCUUAAACACUCUCCUGAUACUCUCCAGUUGAACACUAAUGGCUGUUUUCAAGUGUAAAACCCAAAUAAAUGAGCAGAAUGUACAUUUUUUAAGAGGAGUUUUAUAAUUAAAGAUUAUUUAUACAGCUCUUGCAGUAUGUUACACAAGUUAUCUACAGUUGUAUGUAUUCAUUGUAACUUAUGUGGGUUACGUUUUGUAUAUGGAACGGUUUAAUAAAACACUGAAUACACACCA